UAAACACUUUGGAAUCGGAGGCUGCUGUAUUAUUUUCAACUGCACACAGACGUUUGACCUGCUGGAUUUCACAGCUGCCUGUAAAUGACAAGCCUAGGACUCAGCAUGUGUGCAGAAUCAUUUUAAAAAGACCCGGCUAUGAAUUCUGAUAUGUCUGGAUCUGCUCUGGGCAUGCCUGGCACAAACAUGAACCAUAGCUUUGCAUGUAUCCAUAAGCCUAACCGUGCUUGUCCGAACAUUAGCAGUUCCUGCUUGUCCUUGGAAGGGGCGGAGUAAAAUUUUAUAAAGAAGUGGGGAGGGGGGAGAGGAGAGAGAAUGAAGAAAGCAAAGAAAAAUCUUCUGUGGGUUGUUUAUUUGGAGAGCUGAACGGAGAAACUGCCAGAACACAUGUAGCAAACUGGAUCAUAGAAGGAAAAAACUUUCUAAAGUUUUGUUGUUGUUGUUGUUCAGCUCCCCCCCUCCCCUUCCGUUUAAGCUAAAUCCCUGGAAGAUUCUUUUCUUCUCCUCUUCAGCCUGCCAGUCGCUCAUCAAGGUUAAAACUCUCGUUCAGUUUCUAUCCAUUAUUCCUUGUCUGGCUUCAGGUGCUUUGGAAAAAAGGUUGACCCUUUCCUCUCUGUAGCAGCCCCUCAAAUAUUGGAACACUGCUAUCAUGUCUCUCCUGGUCCUUCUCUUCAGUAGACUUGCCAUGCCCAGUUCCUGCAACUGUUCAUUGUCAAAUAAUGGAACCAGUAAAUAAGUUCCUGUAUAAACACAAAGGAUGCUAUUUUGUAGAAGGGGUGUCACCUGAAAGUAUAGAUUCACUGGAAAGUUUUGAAAUCCGAGAUGAUGAUAUAUUUAUAAUCACAUAUCCUAAAUCUGGCACAAUAUGGACUCAAAAUAUUGUGAGCUUGAUUCUUCAUGAAGGUCAUCGAGAUGGAACUGAAAAUAUUACUCUGAUUGACAGAGCUCCAUGGCUGGAAUGUAAUAUUUCCCACAUAGAUUUUCCCAAUCGCCCAUCACCUCGUCUCUUUACUUCCCAUCUGCCUUACUAUUUGGUACCCAAAGGAUUACAAAAUAAAAGAGCAAAGAUUAUUUAUGUGCUUAGAAAUCCAAAGGAUGUCUUGGUUUCUACCUAUCAUUUUACCAAAAUUACACCUGUAAGGGAAACACCAAAAGAUUUUGAUACAUUCUUGGAGUGGUUUUUGUCUGGCAAAGUGCCUAGUAAUUUGUGGCUUGACCAUGUAGAAGGCUGGUACGCUCAUAAGGGUGAUUUCAAUAUUCUCUUCCUUUCUUAUGAAGAAAUGAAAAAGGAUCUGAGAAGUUCUGUACUGAAAAUAUGCAACUUCCUAGGAAGAGAACUAAGUGGAAAGGAGGUGGAUGAUGUGGUAGAUAAAGCUACAUUUGAUAACAUGAAAGUGGAUUCUAGAGCAAACUACACAUUCAUGCCUCCUGACAUUGUAGAUUGCAGAAAAGGAGACUUUCUUCGCAAAGGCACUAUUGGGGACUGGAAGAACCUCAUGACUGUUGCCCAGAAUGAAAGAUUUGACCGUGUCUUUAAGGAGAGAGUGGAAAAGCUGCCCUUUAGGUUCUGCUGGGAUAUUCAGGAGGAUCCUGAGCCUAUUUCCAGCUCAGUGGAGGAAAAUAAUUUGUGAUAUACACUUUGAAAUGGAAUUGAAUUAGAGAUGACCUUCCAAGAAGGGUCUUUCUGUAACCUUGUAAUGUUUGAUUCUCAACUUUAAGUAGAUGAUCGAACAAGGCAUCAUUAAAUUCUCUGCUAUUAAUAAAAUAGGAACUGUACUUCUCUUUGAAA